AUGGACCAGCUCGGCGAGUACCCUCCCGCAUGCGAGAUCAAUGCCAUCACAAGCGCGGCGUUGAAGACGUGCGAUGGAGCCGAUGGUAUUGAGGAUGGCGGGGUAGCCGACACUGACAGCUGUCUGUUUGAUUCUGCGACUGUGCCUGGAAGCACUGUCAACUGCACUGCGCUUGGGUCGGAACGCAAGGUCUCAGCUGCCGCAGCUGGGAUAGUCCGCAGAGUUUGGGAUGGAGCGAGACGAGCCAGCAACACGACGAUUUGGUUUGGCGCCUCCAAUGAGGCAAUCUUGACCGGCUCAAUCACGGAUGUGGCCGUCGUCCCGACUACCUGCGCGGCCAACGGCACCCGUACUGACGACUGGCUCAAGGUCUUCCUCCUCAAGAACUCGAGCGCCACGGCGGCGAACAUGACCCAUGCCGAUGACUUUUCCCGCUUCUUCCUGGCUCCUAGCGUUAACCACUGCUUCGGUGGCAACGGAGCGUAUCCUGCUAGCACAUUCGAUGCCAUGCGCGAGUGGGUCGAGAACGGCAUGGCGCCUGACACGCUGAUGGCCUCGACUGUAUGGUUUACACCGGCUUUUUAA